AGGAUCCCUAGUAUUAGGGAUACAGCAGGUGAAUUCCUCAAUAAGGAGUUUGAUGUCAGGGAAAAAGUGAAAAAUGUACAGGUGGUAGGUAGAGAAGGAAAGGAGGUGAUAAUUGUGGAGCUGAUCAACUGGGAAGUGAAAGAGAAAAUAAUGAAGGAGAAAAAGAAACUAGUGGGCAGGAGAGUAUACAUAGAUCAUGACAUGUUGCAGGAAGAAAGAGACGUGCGGAGGAAACUGAGGGAGCGCGCUAGAAGUGAGAGAGAGAAAGGAAAGAGCGUGAAGGUAGUAUUGGAUAACGUGACAGAGGGAAUGGACGGUGAGUUUAUGUUAAUAGGGGGGGACUUUAACAUUAGGAUCGGCGAAAUGGGGGGUGGAGAGGAAGAAGAUGGUGGGAUGGAGAGGAAAAGUAAAGAUAAGUUAGUAAGUAACGGCGGAAAGGGGCUUAUAGAGUUUAUACAGGGUAAAGGCUGGUACGUCCUGAACGGUACAACGGCAGACGAUUGGGAGGGAGAAUAUACGUUUGUAGGAGCAAGGGGUAGUUCCAGGAAGGGAAAGGAAAGGAAAGAUAAGUUUUUAGAGGAGAAGAGGAAGCUGAAGGAGCUGGCGGAGCAGAAGCAAAGGGAGAAGAGAGAGGAAGAAGAGAUAGAGUUAAAGAACCUGAGGAGCGUGGCAGAGGUAUGGAAGUUUAUCAACAGGAAAAAGAGGAAGAAAGUAUGGAGGGAAGCCAAUAUAAGGAAGGAAGCAUGGAAAAAACAUUUCAUGGAGUUAUUGGAGGAAACGGAAGGGCAGAUGGACUAUGGGAAUAGCAGUAAUCUUGUGAGGACUCCGGGAGUUCAGGAAUAUAUGGAAGAGGAGUUGCCGAGUGAAGAGGAGGUACACGAAGCGGUGAAAAAGUUAAGGACAAAGAAGGCUGUAGGAGUGGAUGGUAUUCCCAUGGAAGCAUGGAAAUACGGAGGUAGGUUUGUCAGAAAUGGUCUGGUAGAGCUGAUAAGACAGAUAUGGAUGGAGGGAGAUUUCCCGAAGGAUUGGAAGACGUCCAUAAUCGUGCCUCUACAUAAGAGAGGAGACCAGGAAGUCGUGGGAAACUACAGAGGAAUAUCUCUGCUUUGCUCGGCAUACAAGAUCUACGCGGAGAUUCUUAGGAAUAGAUUGGAGCUGGAGGUAGAGAGACUGGGAUUACUGCCCGAGAGCCAGGCUGGUUUUAGAAGGGGAAGGUCUACGAUGGACAAUGUCUUUAUUCUGAACCAUUUGGUACAAAGGGAGAAAAAGAAAGAAGGGAAGGAGAGUAAGGUGUAUGCACUUUUUGUAGACUUAAAGGCGGCGUUUGACAAUGUGGAUAGGAAACAACUGUGGUCAACCCUAAAGGACAAUGGAGUAAAUUUGAAUAUUUUAAAAAGAUUGGAGAAAGUGUAUGAGUAG